AUGGUCAGGACUAAGAGGUCGACCCGAGCCAAGCGGCCGAGGCUGCCACCGCCCAAGUUGACACCGCCCAAGUUGGCACCGCCCAAGCGACCCAGACGAUGCAGACCUCAUCCAGAUGGAGGCACCGACAAGGCAAUUGAUCGUGGCCACAUGCUGAAGCCGGAUCCUGACUCGAGCCUUUCGAAUGACCGCCACACCUCCCACGCUAGCCCGGAAAAUGCAACGACGGGCGAUGGGCACCUUGCCGGCGACACGAGCACUGUGCGCUCGUACGUGAAUUCUUCCCCCGGAGAGUCGGAGUCUGAAGACGGUCGCAAAGGCGUCGCUCAUCGUGAGCUACUCACUGGGGCCAGAGUGCCCCGAAAGCGGUGCGUUCGGCUCAACAGAACACAAUUGGAUGUCCUCUAUCCACCGAGGGACCGAGCUCCCAUCGAUGUUCUAUACCGCUGGAUGGCGGAAUUGUCUCCCCGAGAACGUCAUCGGAGGGCACCUUACUGCUUCAGAGAGUCCGAUGGCCGGCCGCGGGCUCAAUUUCAAAGGGAGUUCGAAGAGUACGUGGACCGUCAACUUCGAGCAGGGAGGUUGGCCAGCCCUCCCGACUCAUGGAGCCGACGGCCGCCAACCCCUAUCCAGGGGCCGGACGGGUCAAGGUCACGUUCCCCAAGAAACACAGUAGUCGUCCUACAGAGAUGGAAAGGCAAGGCCCGGGAGCCCAGCGAUGACGGCGGUCGCAUCCGAGUACUGGAGGAAAGGAUCAAGUUCAUGGAGGCUGCAACGCAGAAAGCUCUCGAAGAGGUUGCCAGGAGGCAAGACCGCAGUGUUGACAAGCGAAUCCGAUGGGCUGUUGAGCCUCUUCGGGAGGAGCAGAGGCGUCUCAGUGAUGCAGUCACUCCGCUUCGGGAUCAAAUCCACGGGCUGGCUACAACCAUGUCGGUGCAGAUGGAAGGGUUGAAGAAGGCAGUCUUGUCUGGCCGACGUCUGGACAGCGCACGCAGCUUCACACAAGACUGCAGCGUCGAGCAGGAGUAG